CUUCUUCUCCAGGCCACGAUUUUGUUAUCUACAUUAUGUAUUAUGCACGUAAGCCAGAAAACGACUAUGGCAUCCGCCUCUUUGCUGAACAACAGUAAUUGUUGUUUGAAGACGUGUAAGAACAAAGGUCUGAAGCCAAGUGACAACAAGGUCCAUGUUCGUGCGCCUUACCAGAACAAAGAGAGCGGUUUGGAGGCCAGAGAAGAUGAAAUGCUUGCCGUUUGGGACGGCAAUGGAGAGGCGAAAUUUCACAUGAAAUGUUGGAAAAUAAUUCGGGAAGCAGCAGCCAGAAAAACAAACAACAACAACAUGGCGAACGGCAACCACCAGACAAACAACAACAAUCACGUGACAGUUGGUAACCAGGUAACCAGUAACAUACACGUUACGGAACUUGAGAAACUCCUGGUGGCCGAGGCGUCAAUGACUGUGGAGUUCUAUAACAGUGACGUCAUGUUGAAGAGGGAGGCCAAGAGGAUAGCUUCCAUGCUGAAGAAAUGCAAAUAUUCCGUAGUGUUUACCG